AUGGCGGGCGCAGACGAACAAGACAAUGAGACAGCUUAUCAGAGGAUUCAGCCGACUGCAGUCAAGAGCAAAGAGAACCAAGGCAUUCGAAACCCUGCUGGUAGUGAGAAGCCCACUAAGACGAAGUCGCGAAUGUUGAACGCCCUCAAAAAGUUCGAAGACACAUACGAAUACUCAUCCAUUGGGUCUAAGCAGGUCCGCUUGCUUAUCGUCAAGCCAGGACAGGAAGAUGACGACAUCAACGCAAUCCUACAGGUCGUUGAUGAAGAUCAACUUGGGAACGAUGAUUAUUGCUACGAAGCUCUUUCGUAUCACUGGGGCGAAGGCGAGGACUUGCACAGCAUCAUCAUCAACGACGAAUAG